CUCAUCUGCGCCACCAAACCGCCGUCGCCGGUCACCAACUCCAUUAUUUAUCAUAUUUCACAUGACAUCAUAAGAGGCACUCCAACCGUUUGCCAAAAUGCCCGACAAAGUCUGCCAUGGCUCAUGCUGAUAAUUCAAAGUCCAACAAUUCGGAGCAGCGACCCUAUCUUCAGCUCGAUCCCCCGAAAUUCAACGGAGACGAUCCAUGGGGAUGGACUUUCAAGGUUGACAUGUAUUUCGACUAUUACGGAAUGUCGGAAGAGCAUCGUCUACACUUUGUCGGACUACUCUUCGAGCAGCCGGCGCUGGAUUGGCUCAUUUACCGAAAAAAACACAAUUUGCUGAAAUCAUGGCCUAGUUUCAUGGAGGCGGUGAAAGAGAGGUUUGAUCCAACAUAUCAUGACAAUCACUUUGGGAUACUCUGCAAGCUGCAGCAACUCAACAUGGUGAUGGAAUAUCAGGACGAGUUCGAGAGGCUUUUGGUCAAGAUUAAGGGUGCAUCGCUAUCGGAGAGUCACCUUGUCUCCAUAUGUGAAUCGGGCUUCAAAGAUGCUAUUCGAUGGGAUCUACACUUGCGAAAGCCGUCGUCCUUGUGUGAAAUGUUUGCGCUUGCGCGCGAAUUCGAGAAGAUGUACGAUGAAGGCUUCAAGUGAGAGUGGUAUGUUUUGGUUGUUUUAUUUGUUUUGAGUUGAAUUUUGUGGGGAUUGAAUAUAUUUGCAGUUGUUUCCAAUUAUAAUUAGAAGUUGAAGUUGGAUAUAAUUCUUAUAAGAUUGAAUUUAUCUUUUUGUUUCAAUUUGUAAUAGGAUUUUUGUUGUCUAGGCUUUAUUGUUAGUUUGAA